AUGGCAAAGAUCUUCAAUUCCAUCUGCUUCACCACUCUUUUGCUCGUUGUCUUGCUCAUUUCGGCCGAAAUCCCGAAGAGCGAGGCGAAUUCGAAUUGUGAUAAGUUUUUGGGAGAAGCCGUAUUGUUGUCGUACCCAUGUAGGGAACACGCUUGUGAAGCUAAAUGCUUGGAGCAUUACCACGAGUCAUGUAAAGGAGAGUGUGAGGAGCAUGACCACGAUGAUCAUCACCACGUGGAGAGCCAUGACGACGAUGAGCAUUGCCACUGCUAUGGUUAUGGACAUUAA